AUGACAAGGAGGACUGGAAGAAGAAGGAAGAAGAACGCAAGAGCAAGUAGUGCCGUCUUUCAUUUGCAUUCCUCGAUACUGACUCAACUGACAGAGAAGGAGGAAGCCGACCGCAAGUACAAGGAAGAACAAUACAAGAAGAGUCGGUUCCUAGCCGCCUCCAACUUCGACAUAUCUACUGAAAAAUGCGACAGAGAAGGAGGAAGAGGAGCGAAAGAAACACGAGGAGGAGCGCAAGAAGCAAGAAGACAUUAUGCUUACUUGAUCCCAUCGAGGACUGCAACCAAACUCCUUACUAACUUUAUCGUAGAGCACAAACCUGUUCCUAAGCCUCACCCUCACCCUCACUCUGAGUCUCCCAAGAAAGAGGAAUAUAAACCCACUCCUCAACCCCAGCCUCACCCAGCGCCCCCGAAAGAUGAGAAGGACAGUUACAAAGCAUCGAUCCACCUGCCUAAGAAGGAGGAGACCCCUGCCCCAGAACCGAAGCCGGAGUGGAAGAAGCUUCCUAAGCUGGCUCGUUUCGAUUCCUUUGAGCGCUGUUCGCUUUGUCAGAUUGGACAUAUCUCGCCCACAGUGGUUCGAGACGUGAGACUACCCGGCUUGCAUGUGGCCGAGGUAAUGCUAGGCUGAGCUUGGCUACAUACGCAUUGGCCUGAUGGCCUUUGCACUUACUGAAGUCCCUUUUUGACAGUAACGUAAUACACGAGUAUCCCACAUGAGCUCCUCUUCUACCUCGAGACACUGCGGUGAGGCGCAUGAUGUUGAAGGCACGUUUCUGAAAAAUCUCAGUACAGCAUCCAUAAAGGCCAUUGUUUCGAAUUUGAAUGCGAGGGCAAG